AUGACGGCUUUACUUAAAGUGCUGGCCCUUUGGGGUCUUGCUAUUUGUUCUAUUUUUAUAAUUGCUAAAGCGAAUACUAAUAUCAGCCCAGUCUCCCCGGGAGAAAGCAUUAUUCCAUUACGUACUCACUCUCUUUAUAUGCCGUACAUUGAUCAAGAUCUUCAAAAUCGUUGGUUCGACUUUGGCGCCGAUACAGUGAUUAACACUAACAAGUAUAUUAGACUGACGCACGAUCGACAAUCUCAAACUGGUUGGCUUUGGAGUAGAUUGCCUUUGACAGCUACGAAUUGGCAGGUUGAAUUUGAGUUCAAAAUUGACGGACAUAAUCCCAGCUUGUAUGGUGAUGGAAUGGCCGUAUGGUUUACCACAGACCGUGCAAAGCCCGGACCUGUAUUUGGAUUCAUUGAUAAAUUCGAAGGGUUAGGCAUAUUCUUUGAUACUUAUGCUAACUCUAGACAAUCACAUUCAUUUCCUUAUGUCAUGGCAAUGUUGGGUGAUGGUCAGACUGAAUAUGAUAAUGCUAAUGAUGGUAAAGCCAAUGAAAUUGCCGGAUGCGAGGCUGAUAUACGUGGAAAGUCGGUUGCAACAAAAGCACGCAUUACAUAUUAUAAGAAUACCUAUCUUGAGGUCAAAUUACAAUAUAAGGAAUGGGACCAAUGGGAACCGUGCUUUACUAUUAAUAAUAUAACACUCCCUACAGUUGCUUAUCUUGGUUUCAGUGCAUUGACUGGUGAUGUUAGCGAUAGUCACGAUGUUAUAAGCAUUACAACAAAUAACAUGAUUUCUAUCCCUCCACGAGUUCAAAAGAAUCUGCGUCUUCAAGCUGGUUUGGAUUGCUGUUCACUCUCAAGCUCAUUGCUACUGCAGCUUUUCUUGGUGUUUUGGUACUGGUGUAUAGAAUGUAUAGAAAUCAGUCAAAUAAAAGGUUUUAAGAACCACUUAUCGUAA